UGUUUUGAAGUGAUGAAAGUACAGGCUGGGAUGUGAGUGCUGCUGAGAUACUGUGUUGGUGAGAUGGUUUUCCAGGUUGUGCCUGGUGAUGAAAGGGUUAACAAAGUGAAACUUUAUUCACUAAUCAGCAAAUCCAUGACCACAGGAGAUCAUCAGAGGAGAAGGGAGAGAUGGUACAAGUUGCACUCAAAGCCUGGGGAGAAAGAGAAGGAGCGUGGAGAGAUUGAGGUCAGCAUGCAGUUUGUUCGCAACCAUCUGACGGCCAGCCUGCUGGACUUGUCCAGCAAAGAGAAGCCUCGCUCAGCCCUGGGCAAGAUUAAGGACAAAAUGAGGGGCAAGAAGAAACGCGACAGCCUGACCUCCGACACGGCCUCCGCCAUUGUGCCGGCCAGUGCUGCAGUGCCCGGCGCCAGCGAGGAGGAGAGCAGCCGGGACCUCCCGAGCACCAAGUCCAAGUCCAGGGGCUUCUUCUUCAAGAGCAAAGUCCGCAAGAGCUCACUCACCAUGUCCAACAGCUCGCUCAACUCAGAGCAGAGCGCUCGUUCCCUGGAGAGCCCAGGCCCAGGGAGCCCAGGCUCUCCUAGAGACACAAGUCCAACCAGCCCCAAAGACACAGCCCCCACUAAAGCCAUGGCUGUCCUCAGCAUCCAGCACUCCCCAGCCAGGAAUCCAGGUCAAGGCCAGUCCGCGCCGAAGACACUGACUCACAAGCGAGCCCUCAGCGACGAGCUAAGCCGGAGUGACCCUGCACUGGAGCACCAGAGCCUGGCCCCCAGGACCAGCCUCCUGUCAAGGUCCUCGCUCUGUGUCAACGGGAGCCAUGUGUACAGUGAGGAACCCCUGCCAGCCCUGGCCUCGGGCCUCUUUCCCAACACUUCCAUUCUCUCCCGCUCCCUCCAGAACAUCACCAAGAAGCCCCCGGAGCCCACGUUGAAGCCAGCCUCGCCCCCCCCAGAGAAGCUGGCAUACCCACGCUGGACAGGCACGGAGAGCAGGCCGGUCCUGCCGGUCAUCACCGUGGACGCAGGGGGUUUGGCAGAAGGGUCGGGCGGGGGUUCGGGGAGGGGGGCCCGGCCUGUCCAUGCUGCCAUCCCCUUGGUCACCGCCACCUCCGAGGCUGGUCAGAGGCAGAGAGGCAACGUCAGCCCCGCCCUCCCACGGCUUUCACCCUCCGUCACUAGGAAGUCCGACCCCAUCCAGACCGAGAAGACCAAGGUCGGCGGAUGGUUCCAGAAGGACACCGGCAAAACGCUCAGCCUGGAAGUGUCUCCUACGGUAGAAACCAGUUCAGACGCCCCCUCACCCUCCCCUCACUCUCCACCGGAUCCCCUCACCCCUCACUCUCCACUGCCCCCCACUCCCCCUUCUACCUCACCAGGUGGCAGGUUUAACAUUAACCCCUUCACAGCCUCUCAGGAUGGCAUCUCGCCCUCUCCUAGGCCUCUGACAAACCCUUUCCUCAGCUCUUUACACACUAACCCCUUCUAUGAGGACCUCCUAGCUAGUCACCUAAUAAAGUCUCCUCCGUCCGCUCGCUCUUUCUCCAGUUUCUCCUUUGGCUCUCGAGUCCGGGGUGAAUCUCUUCCCUCCCGAAGCUCCAUCAUUCCCGAGGGCCUCGAUCCUUUGGCUCCAGGAUACACCCGAACAGAGAGCUGGACGGAAGCUCAAGGGUCACCGCUAGUGAUCCAGGAAGUAUUUUUCACCGAAGCAGACCAUGGUUCUGCCUCAGAGGGGGGAUUAAAUGCUGAAUCCUGGGUCAAAAAUGCCACUUCAGCAGCGCGACAGGAAGCGGAAGUGAUUCAACAGGAACACAAAGUGAUUCCAGAGGAACAGAAAAUCAAUCUUACGCGACAGGAACAGGAAGAGAUUCCACAGGAACAGGAAGUGUUUCCAAUAGAACAGGAAGUUGAAAGGAGACAAUCAGUUCUAUGGGAAAGCCGCCAUGACGCAAAUGCCAUUGACCUUGCACCAGUCGGAGAAGAGAGAAAUGGUCGGCAGCCAAUUGAAAGCUCACCAGCGUCCAGACCAGAAGCCAUCAUUGUUAAUGAGAAUGGCGCGGUGCAGACUGAAAAUGACAGUGUCAACAUGGCGCUUGUUUUCCCUAACCUCGUCUCUUCAUCCACUUCUCAAGUCGCCCUGGGUACAGGUGCGGGGCUGCCAUCUGCAGGCAAAGGGGGUUUUACAGGGGGAGAAACUAGCCCUGAGGGGACUUGUGUCACCUCAGAGAUGAUGGAAGAAACCAGGGACAUGGAUUCUGAUUGGCUCACUGUGAAACAGGAAGUGGGUGCGGUGGAGCAGGAAGUGGGUGGGGCGGAGCAGGAAGUGGGUGGGGCGGAGCAGGAAGUGGGUGCAGCGGAGCAGGAAGUGGGUGGGGUGGAGCAGGAAGUGGGUGCGGAGGAGGAGGAAGUGGGUGCGGUAGGGCAGGAAGUGGGUGCACAGGAACAGGAAGUGGCUCCUGUGGAGCAGGAAGUGGCUCCUGUGGAGCAGGAAGCAGUGGAGUUGAUGUCCACUCCUCCGCCUCCUAUACACCCCCGGCUGCUUGUGGUUGCCCCGAUAGGAGGAAAUGCCAGCUCGGGGGGUGCGGCAGUAGCAGCCAGUAGCCGUAGUGAUGAGGGUGACAGGUUAUCCGAUAAAUGGGCUUCCCCCAGACUCCAGGUAAUUACUGUGGACGAGCAGAAUCCUGGGAUUGAUGUUGAUCCAUCCAGAGGUGGCCUCGCGGAGUUGGGCUGUAACAAGCACUAUAAGACCUGCACUUUGAUCCCCUCAGGGAAGGGAUCGGACCUGUGGAUCCAGGAUUGGAAUCCAGACUCUCUGCACGGCUCCCAUCAAUCCCUCUCUCCUGGCCUCGGUUCCACGGCCCACGAGCCACAGCUGAUCAGAGGAGAAUGCAGCCCGGGAGUGAACUGUGUGGGUUUGUGGGGGCCGGUGAGAGGCCCCUCCAGCUCGCUUGUGUACACCAGCCCAGCCUCAGAGCUGCCUUUUAUAACUGGAGUGGAAGAACAGAGUGACCAGGUGACCGCGAGCCACAAAGAACUCUCCAGAACCUCAAGGGCCAGGACAAUGAGUAGAGACUGUCGAGGGAGAGGGCUAGCAGGGCAAGAGGGUGACAUCUUGGCUCUGCCUGCCUGGGGGCAGGUGCCACCUGGCAUGGCUGGGAGAGGGGAGGCUGAAGAUAUGCUGGAGGGAGCUCAGGAAAAGGAACCCUCAGCUGUCCGACCCCAGCCUGAGCCUUCAAGCCACUGCAGUAAGGACCCGAGAGCAAAAAAUGGCCAGGAAGGAACCUGCAAUGCACCGGCGGCAAAGUCAACCAUCGUGGAGGAGACAUCUUUUGCCGUUGACCACAGAGAGAUCCACCAACAAAGGAUGAGCUUCCAUAAUGUUCCGGAACCCAGCGCCACCCCAUGCGCCAUGCAGAGCCAAGAGCCUCCCCAGGGCCCCUGGCCUCUUACCAUCUCCACCCCUCACCCCGCGGCUCUCACUAACACCAGAGUAACCAACCUUCCUUCUCCCAUCCUCUGCCCCCUGGGUGUUGCUGCCCCCUCGGCAGAGCCCGUCUGCCUCUCAUCACCGCUGCUGUCCACUGGCUGGAAAAUGUCUGCCGUCACGGUUUUGCCCCAGGAGACACAGCCGGCUAGCGGACUCUCCCCACAGCGGAUAACCAGUCCUCACCUGGUGAAGCCUCUGGACUCGGCUGUGCCGGACAGUGCUGUGCGCUGGCCGCUGUGGCCAGGGAUCGGGAGCACGCUAAGCAGCGGCCUGGAGAGGCUGCGGACGGCCACCAGCAGCAGCAUUGCCCCCGUCCGCCCCGCCAACCCCCUGCCUAAGGGCCCCGAGGGAGAGAAGGAAUCGGAGCCAGAGGACUCCGCUGCGCUCUAUUACCACCUGACCCACGAUGAGCUGAUCCGGAAGAUCCUGGAUCAGGAUUCGGAGCUGCGGAGUAGGCGGGAGCAGUUGCGGGACCUGGAGAAUUACAUUGACCAUCUGCUGGUCCAGAUCAUGGAGACAUCCCCUGCCAUCCUACAGGUCCCCGCCGGCAAAUCCAAGACAGCCAAAAGAUGAGCCGUCAGCCCGGGUGCCUGUCUCUGUUUACACUAAUAAAACGCAGGGAUUUGCAACGAAAAAGUGUGGAGGAGAUUCCCAGCGACUUGUUCUUUUAUAAUCUAAGUGGGCCUGUGUUUGGGAAUGAUGAAUCUCCCUCAUUGGCUGGAACACAGGGACAGGAAACACAGAGUUGUGUUUCCACGUGUGUCAGACACCGGCUGAUCACAGUGAUGGGUUUCCGUG